AUGGGCGCUCGUCAAGUGUAGGACACCAAUAGCGCGCCUGUACUGGCGAACCGGGAGAGAGCGAGAGACAACAGAAAAACACUAAGAGAGGAACAUGGGUAUGAAGCAGGAGAACACGGACUGUUUCUCCCGGUAAAUAAGCGGAGACGAGCCUGGAAAUCACCGGCGGAGAGCGGAGGGGGGGAUUUCGGGGACACAGCCAUGGCGACGGGAGGAGGAGGCGUGAAGCGAAGGAGGAAAGCGGGGCUCCCGGGAUUGUGCUGGAAAACCUGCUACUUUCCCAUUUUGUUCUGGGUCGUUUCUGUCUGUGGAGAGGAGAACACGUUGAUUGUGGAGACGUGGCUGAAGAACUACGGUUACCUGCUGCCUCAUGACGUCCGCACGUCAGACCUGCGGCAGGAGAAAGCCAUGCAAUCCGCCGUGGCCGCCAUGCAGCGCUUCUAUGGCAUUCCUGUGACGGGAAUACUGGACGAGACGACUAUAGAGUGGAUGAGGAGACCUCGCUGUGGUGUCCCAGAUCAUCCUCACACCAGCCGCCGUCAGAGGAAUAAACGCUACGCACUGACGGGGCAGAGGUGGAGAGAAAAAAAGAUUUCCUACAGCAUAUCAAACUUCACCCCUAAAGUGGGAGAGAAGGACACUCAGAGAGCGAUCCGACAAGCCUUCAACGUGUGGCAGACCGUCACUCCUCUCUCCUUCCAGGAGGUGCCGUACUCGGAGAUCAAGAACGAGGGGAAGGAGGCUGACAUCAUGAUCUUCUUUGCCUCUGGUUUCCAUGGUGACAGCUCUCCAUUCGAUGGAGAGGGGGGUUUCCUGGCCCACGCGUACUUCCCUGGUGCUGGGAUUGGAGGAGACACACACUUUGACUCUGAUGAGCCCUGGACGCUGGGCAACGCCAACCAUGAUGGUAAUGAUUUGUUCCUGGUGGCGGUGCACGAAUUGGGUCAUGCGUUGGGUUUGGAGCACUCCAACGAUCCCAGUGCCAUCAUGGCUCCUUUCUAUCAGUACAUGGACACACACAACUUCAAACUGCCGCUUGAUGACCUGCAGGGCAUACAGAAAAUCUAUGGCAUCCCCACAGCCAUGCUUGAGCCCACCAGGCCGUUACCCACCUUACCUUCUCGACGGAUCCACUCCACCUCAGACCGAAAGCCCGACCGUAACUCUCGUCCGGCCAGGCCAUCCGGAGACCGGCCUGCGCUGCCUGGAAACGGCAAGCCCAACAUCUGUGACGGCAACUUCAACACUGUGGCCUUCUUCAGACGGGAGAUGUUUGUCUUUAAGGAUCGGUGGUUUUGGCGUCUGAGGAACAACAAGGUGCAGGAGGGUUAUCCCAUGCAGAUCGAUCAGUUUUGGAAGGGUCUGCCUCCUCGCAUCGACGCCGCCUACGAGAGGUCUGACGGAAAAUUUGUCUUCUUCAAAGGAGAUAAGUACUGGGUGUUUAAGGAGGUCACAGCUGAGCCCGGAUACCCUCACAGUCUAGUGGAGUUGGGCAGCUGCCUCCCCAAAGACGGCAUCGACACGGCGCUGCGCUGGGAGCCGAUGGGAAAAACCUACUUCUUCAAAGGAGACCAGUACUGGCGUUACAACGAGGAGAAACGCACAGCCGACCCAGGAUACCCCAAACCCAUCGCCGUGUGGAAGGGGAUACCAGAAGGACCACAGGGGGCCUUCAUCAGCAGGGAGGGAUACUACACAUACUUCUACAAGGGGAAGGAAUACUGGAAGUUCGACAACCAGAAGCUGACGGUGGAACCCGGAUACCCCAAAUCCAUCCUACGUGACUGGAUGGGCUGCGACCAGUCUGAUAUAGAGCGCUCAGGCAGCAAGGGUAACCGUGGCGACCGCCAGCUGCCUCUCGACGAUGUGGACAUCAUGGUAACCAUCAACGACGUCCCAACGACAGUCAACGCCAUCGCUGUGGUGAUCCCCUGCAUCCUAUCACUGUGCAUCCUAGUUUUGGUGUACACGAUUUUUCAGUUUAAAAACAAAGGAGUGCAGCAGAACACCAUGACGCCGCACUACUACAAGUACCCUGUUCAGGAGUGGGUAUGACAGGACACUCUCCUUUGAAGAGGUCAAAGGUCGUGGAUUAAAGGCGGUCAUGCAGUUGACAUGUUGUUGGCUUGCAACCAAUGGACGAUCAAUGCUGAACGAUAAGUAAAUGUGCUAGCUAGAAAUCAAAGGGCGCACACUUAAAAUACUCUGCAAAGUAGUUUUAGACAUCGCCUCAGAGUUUUUGUGUGUCUGUGCAACAGAGAAGGCCUGUCUUGUGACAAAAGCACUUCAGUAUAAAACAGAAAAGGACACUGAUUUUGUGAUUUCCCAUUCGCCAGCCAGAGAGGGAGCUUCAAACAAACAUGGCUGAAGACAACAAGGAGCAGUCUUCAAGGACUCCAGGCCGAUGUGAUUGACUACCGUCAGAUAAACAUUUUCUGUCUUCUGACACCUGGUUUGCCGACAACUUCUCUGGCUUGGUGAAUUGGGGUCUUGAGAUCAAUACUGAACUUUUACUACUUCUUUUGGGACCUACAACACGACUCUCCUUCUCAGCGGAAAGAAAAAAUAUCAAGAAAGAGGAUUUGGAG